AUGGCACAAAACCAGAAACAGCAGUCCGGAGCCCGGAUCGUGAUCAACGAAGGAGAUCAUCUUGACAUAGUAGACAAAAAUGCUCUACCAUACCAAUUGAUCAAGAAUUUGGGACAUGGCGCAAAUGCGAGCGUCGAGAUGGUUCAGGACAUCCACACCGGAUCUGUGUAUGCACGCAAAAUUUUCCGAAACUACACAUUAUGGAGACUUGACGAGGUUAAUCGCCUGUUUCAUAAUGAGGUCAAAAUCAUGCGUCGACUAGCUCCACAUCAUCAUAUAGUACGAGUCUUCGCUACGUACAUCGCUCGGCGGGAACUAGGCCUUCUUCUGCUUCCUGUGGCAGACAGCGGAGAUCUUGCCACAUUCCUCAGGGAAUACCAUGAUUCACAAUCUCCAAACGAUUACGACACCCAGAUUCUCCUCAAAUGUUUUGGAUGCCUAGCCAGUGGCCUAGCCUUCAUGAAGCAACAAGCCAUUAGGCACAAAGACAUCAAGCCUCAGAACAUUCUCAUACACCAAGGCUCACCCGUCUACACUGAUUUCGGGAUAUCAUAUGACUCGAGUCAAGCAGAGCAUAGCACCACGACAGGGCGUCCUCGAGCUUUUUCAAGGCGAUAUUGCGCUCCAGAAGUGGCGGACUUCUGUGAUCGCAAUUCCAAGUCUGACGUCUUCUCCCUUGGCUGUGUUUUGUUGGAAAUCUUGGUAGCGCUG